AUGGAGAAAACACACAAACAGUUAAAAAGAAAAGAUGAUGAAUACAGAGAGAAUGAAAAUGCAAUGAAAAGACAAAAUACUGACAACAGAUAUAUGGAGAAAAGACACAAACAGUUAAAAAGAAAAGAUGAUGAAUACAGAGAGAAUGAAAAUACAAUGAAAAGACAAAAUACUGACAACAGAUAUAUGGAGAAAACACACAAACAGUUAAAAAGAAAAGAUGAUGAAUACAGAGAGAAUGAAAAUGCAAUGAAAAGAGAAAAUUCUGACAACAGAUAUAUGGAGAAAACACACAAACAGUUAAAAAGAAAAGAUGAUGAAUACAGAGAGAAUGAAAAUAAAACAAAAAGAGAAGACACAAACAAUCGGUUCAGAGAAAAGGAGAAAAAAACAGUUGAAAAGAAAAGAUGA